GCUUGUCUCAGAACAUGGAGAAAUUAUCUCUGAUCAAGGCAGUAAAAGUGUAUUGGCGCGAUAGUUACUAGUUGGAGCUUUCCAGGCGAUUGUGAAAAUCUAAUUUCUGUACUGUAACCUCAUCGAAGGUUUUCCGGUCGGAUAAUUUUUUUUGUUCAUUAUUGAACAUAUAUUUCACAUUGCUUGGAGUGAUACCACUUUAAACAAGUGGCAGUGACAAGAGCUUGUCGAUGACAAAACAUACAAAAUAUCUUCUGCUACCGGCAUAAGAUCGUGGACGCUUGUAGCAUUCGACAAGUUUACCUAUGAACCUGUAGCGCUUCGUGUGAUAACAGGAGCAGCGUUUUCAGUGGAAGUGUAUUUGAGGAAAUAAAAAAAAGCUUAACUUGCACAUUUUAUAGAACGAACACGGGGCUUAUCCGUAUGUGCCCGUAGAGCAUACAAAGAGAGCUGCCAAAGUUUUUUGUUUGCAUAGUACGAAAUCGUACAUGUGAAGUAAUAGUGAAAAGGAACUCUGAAAACGGUUAUUCGUACUUCGACGACGGUUACGAAUAGCGGAUAAGCCAGUCGCACCUUUUUUUCUGUCACUUUGUGUGUAUAUAUACACGCACAAAAGAGUACGUAAGAAACGUUCUGCAGACAAAGUACUCGGUGUUCACUAGUUCGAAAGGUGCUGCAUUUAUCGUAAAUAUUUGAACGUUUUAAUAUUAAAAGGAGAAACCAAAGAGUUAAACAUUUACGACAAUGUUUGUCUGGAACGCGCCUGGUGUUGUGCAUCAGUGAACGGCUCCUAAAUCGCCGCCGGCGAAAUGGGAAACUGUAGAAGAAUGUAAUUACAAAGACCGAAAUGAAGCUGACGUGAGGUGGUGUCGUGCGUUUUCCAAGUGAUAGACUCCAACCAAGAAAGGGCUUUCUGAUACGGGACUUGGACUUCGCAUUUAUAGAACAUCCUCUCAACAGAAAAGCUGCCAACAAGCCUUUUGCAAUAAAAGUUUGGUGACAGUUGCAUGAAUGAACGAUUCCGUCCCUAUUGGAAUAGAUGGGUAUUACGCCCUUUGUUUCAAGAAUAACAAAUGCAAGACAGAGUUUGACAUACAAACAAAAUUUUCCACAUUUGGUCGUGUGAUAAGUGUGCGAAAGGUUGGAAGUGAAAAUGGAAUUGUGUUUGUUAGAUAUAAGAAGCAAUCAGAAGCUAAUGCAUGCUUUGCAGCAUUAAGAAAUGAUCAUGUCUACAGAGUUGAGAUUCCAAGGAGGACCAAAGGAAAAGGUGAUAGAAAAGGUUCAAAACGGAACAAACAGCAGCAAAGAGGACCUAUACACAACCAGCCAUACAGGACAUAUUCUGGUGUUCCUGAGCAAGACUUGCAUGGUGGCAGGAAGCCCUAUGUGCACUCAGAACCCCAAAGUCGCACGAAAGACAUUCGAAGAGGGCAAAACAUUAAAUAUGAAGAAAAGACUGUGACGCAGUUGGGAGGCCCCAAUCGCCGUAAAGAUCCCAGGAAAGAUAAACCUGUUACUGUAGAGAGGGGUUGGUCUUCCCCUAACACACAGCAUAUUACUGCCCCUAACACCCAGCAUAUUAAUGUUCAGCACACUGGAUCACAUUCAAAGUCAAGACGAGGCAAGAUGGGUGGGGCAAGUGAGGACUAUUUCCAGGGAUGGCCUCCAUUGAAACAGGAUCGUAGACACUCUCGACGAAAGCACUCAAGUGUGUCCGAAGAUGAAGAGACUGUGUAUGGAUCACCUGAACCAUGUGCAGAACCUGCUGUUGCUGCAGAAUUAAGUCCCUGGGAAGAAAGUGAUGAUAACUACGAACAGCCUGUUAUGUCCCCAUCUCAAGCAGAAGCUGAUGAUGCUAGUCAUUUGGUUGAAGAUGAGGGGGCAUGUUCUCUAUCCAUCCUCAAUAAGCAGAACACUGAAACUGCAAGCUCAGCUCCAGUGAGGACAGACUAUGGAGGUUGGCCUCCACCAAGUCCACAUGGGGAAGGUGUUGUAGUAAAGACUGAACCACCCGCAGGUAAUGUCGAUGAACUUGAGCGCCUCAAGUUUCUUACAUUGGGGACUCCAGGACCACGUGCUGAAAGCUAUGAGCCUUUUGGUGGACUGGAAAAAUGCUGGUCCAGGACUCCGCCGUGGGAGCCCAGUAAUGAGACUCAGAAUCCAGUUAGGAGUUCCUCUGCAUCAGGGUAUGGUAUAUGCGACGUAAGUUCAUCUGUGCUGUGUCAACACCAUUUAGUGGCAUAUGGGACAGCCCAUACCCUGGUGAAUCUGGAUCAGGCUAGAGCAGUUGUUUUUCCUUCCGAUUAUUACUCGGCAUGUCAUUCCUUCUACGAAGAAGAGGAACACUGAGUGUCUACGGUGAAUGUUUAUUCUUUUUUAAAACAAAAAAAAAAGAAAAAAAAAUCAGUGUCGUCUUUAUUUCUCAUUUUGAAUACGCUUGUUUAAUAUAGUGAUAUCCACAAUUAAAAAAAUUGUGACAAAAAAGUAAAAAAGAAAGACUUUGUACCUGUGUUUUUUAUGAUAUUUUAUAUAAAAUAUAUACACUUGUAAAAAUAUAUACACUUGUGACAAAGCGUUAUAAAACUGUUUUAUAAUAGAAAAAUAUUUUUAUUUUAAAAUGCACUUAGUAAUUAUUAUUUUAUUGAUUAGAUCAGUAUUAAAGAAACACUUCACUGUGUGUAUAUUUUCAGUAUAAACAAGUUAAACUAGACUUAGUCAUAUGAUUUUAGGUUUUCCUUUGUGACAGAAAAUAGGUGUAUGGGAUUCUCUCUGUGUUGUAUGAAUGCAUGCUUGUAUUUCUGUGUUUACUUUUGAAGUAAUGCCUAUGUGCAUGAGCAGAUUGUGGCAAAUGUUGUGCUGAUGGUCACAGUUUAUCCCAUUAUUUUGAGUUAUUCCCCAUUGCACCAGUGACAUCAUAUUAAAAUUUAGCAGUGGUGUAGAUCAGAAGCAAUGAUGCAGAGUCAAUGUUACAUUCAACAUCUUUUUGGAUAUAUUGUAGAAACAGUUGUUUGUGGAUUAUUGACUGCGAAGCACAGGCCUUUUACAAGAUUUCCUAUUUAGAGUUUAUUCACAUACAGAGCAAAAAUGGAUUGUUACAAUGUGCCGUGGAUGUUCGGUAUGACACAGCCUCCUUAUUCAAACAUAAGGUUUUUUUUUUUUUUUUUUUUUUUUUUUUUUUU